GUCGCCCACCCAACAACUGUCUUCCUCCUCUCGAUCGCCGAGCUUUUGCCAUUGCGGCCACUUCAGUCGAGUCAACCACCGUAUCCGCACGGAGCAGCCGGGACACACAACAAACUGGGCAUCCACAAGCUCAUCGAGUAGCCGGGCCGGCAGUUUACAACACAACUCGCGUCAGACAAAAACAAGAGAUUUAAAAAAGAAAAGAAAAAACAAAUUAUUAAAAUCUUUUGUUUUUGUUCGUUCAAAUCGCCUACAGAGGGAAAAAAAAACAAAAGAAAACAUUUUUCUUGUUGAAAAAGUGUAACAGAUGAGCGGGCCGGUCCGCGCUUUGUGUUUCAACAGCCUCAGCGUUAUCGGAAACCAUUUUCAGUUGAGAGUUGGUUUUUAACUAAUCACGAAAGUAAAAGGCAAAACAAAAAAAAAUAAGGGACAAGUUGGGCCGGUUUUUUUAAAUUUUGUCUACGAGAGAACGAGCGAUUAUUCAUCAUGUCCGAGUUUCUUUACGGUCUAAAAGACCGGGCAAUGUCAAGCUUGUCCACUUUCCGGCGAGGAGCCAAUUACGAAGAAUUUGAAAUGCCCAAGAUGAGGAACCUCAAGAACAUAAAACCAAAUCCGUUUAGCAAGCAAGAAGAUGAGAAGGGAUUCAUUACAACUGACGGAGGAGGAACCGCCAUGGGAGAACUCGGAUCACCGGAAUCACUGCCCGAAAUGGAACGUCCCCCCCUACGCAAAAUCGACAUGUACAUUCGACCAGAUUGCCCAUGUUGCAGCAUGUCCAAAAGAUAUACAGUCGCUUUCUUGGCUAGUAUUGGUUUCUUGAUCUCGUUUGGUAUUCGAUGCAAUUUGGGUGUUGCCAUCGUGCAGAUGACGGCGAACAACACUGAAACUGGCGUGCCAGAAUUCAAUUGGACCAAGAGAACUAUUGGCCUAGUAGAUUCUUCUUUCUUUUGGGGUUACUUAAUCACUCAAGUCCCCGGAGGUUUCCUUGCUUCCAAAUACGCUGCUAACAAGGUUUUCGGAUCGGCCAUCGUCGUGUCAGCUUGUCUCAAUAUGCUUCUACCCGGAGCGGCCAAACUAUCUCCAAUUGUGUUUACGCUCGUUCGUAUUCUCCAAGGACUGGUAGAGGGAGUCACAUAUCCGGCGUGUCACGGUAUUUGGCGGUGGUGGGCUCCGCCACUGGAACGAUCCCGACUGGCCACUUUAGCUUUUUGCGGGUCAUACGCAGGUGCUGUAGUUGGAAUGCCUUUGUCCGGAUGGCUGACGGAUGGCAUUAGCUGGCAAGCACCCUUCUACUUCUACGGUGUGUUUGGUAUCAUUUGGUACGUUUUCUGGGUGUGGCUAUCCUUUGAGAAACCUUGUAUGCAUCCGACCAUUACGCCCAGCGAGCGUCUAUACAUCGAAGAAUCAUUGUCGCAUGUACAGCGCACCAUUCCCAACUUUUUUACGACUCCAUGGCGCUGCUUUUUCACAUCCAUGCCCGUCUACGCCAUCAUUGUGGCAAAUUUUUGCCGUUCGUGGACUUUCUACUUGCUUAUCCUUUCGCAGCCGAGUUAUUUCAAGCAAGUCUUCAAGUUCGACAUAGGAAAAGUUGGAGCUUUGGCUGCUCUUCCUCAUUUGGUCAUGACGAUCAUCGUACCAAUUGGCGGACAAUUAGCCGAUCAUUUACGUCGCAACAAAAUCCUUUCGACGACAUCUGUACGCAAGAUUUUCAAUUGCGGAGGAUUCGGGAUGGAAGCUAUCUUCUUAAUGGUGGUGGCUUAUACACGUGACACAACCAUUGCAAUCACAACCUUAACUUUGGCUGUCGGUUUCAGCGGUUUCGCCAUAUCAGGUUUCAACGUCAAUCAUUUGGACAUUGCUCCACGCUACGCUAGUAUCUUAAUGGGAAUCUCUAACGGAGUAGGAACCCUGUCGGGCAUGUUCUGCCCCAUUGUGGUGGAGUCACUCACUAAAAGGGAGCUACCAGAGGAGUGGCAGACUGUCUUUGUCAUAGCGUCGGUGAUUCACUUCCUGGGCGUGGGUUUUUAUGCAGUGUUCGCGUCUGGCGAACUACAGCCAUGGGCUGAACCUAAAGACGAUGAAGAAGAUGUACCAGCUUUGCCUGCACCGGCCACAGCGUGGAAUCCAUUCGAUUCUCAGCAGAAACCGCAGUAUAAUGGAGAGCCUAACUACGCCUCUACGGAGAUGACGCCAGCUGUUCAGGGUAGCAACAAUCCUUUCAACGGUCGAUUACAUUCCUAUGGAGCCACAGCUGACUAUUCCUAUCAACAACAGCAGGCUCCGCCCAGACCGCCCUUCCCUAAUCCAGGAUCAUUCCAGGCAGAUUUCUCAAACGUUCAACAGGUUCAACCAGCUGCUCAGGACAUCUACAUGCAUGGCACUCUACAAGAUAGAAACUACUAGAUAGUUGAGAGGCAAGAAGGAAAGACAUUUACAUGAUUUCAACAACAAAAAAAAAAUAUCUAUUAUGAAAGAAAGUGAUUUACAUUUACUUAUAAUCUUGAUCAAUGGACUAUUUCUCAAGAAGUUUUUCUAAAAAAAAACAACAAAAAAAGCAAAACAAAAAAAAUUGAUGUAUCCGCUGUUAAAAAGUUGUUUCUUAUUUGUUCUGUGAGUGACGUUAACCGGUUUGUUUCAUAAUUGUGGCAAUAAUUCGGUGUUUUCUAUUUCUUUUAUUCGAUUUCGUGUCUACUAAACAUACUUGUUCGCGUGCGCAAGUUCCUCCACUUGUUUAAUUUCACGUCAAACAAUAGUCAAAUUUCCUCUUUCGCUGCAGUAUUGCGUAAUCUAUAGCUGUCUUGCAUCCAAUCUCUUAAAUUUAUUCAACAGAAAUCAUGUUCCAUAUAUUCAUGUUGGAUUUGAAUGUUUUGCUGUUAUUACUGUUACGAGUGAACAUUUAGAAAAUCAAGAUUUAAGAUAAGAGACAAAAAAAAUAUACAAGUUCAAAACGACA